AUGGCCUCUCGUUCUCACAGUCUUUGUCUUGCACUCAUGUUGUUUUUCACUAACAUUGCAGCUCAAUCACAACAAACCAAUGGAACAAACUUUUCAUGCCCAGCUGAUUCACCUCCUUCCUGUGAAACCUAUGUAACAUACAUUGCUCAGUCUCCUAAUUUCUUGAGUCUGACCAACAUAUCUAAUAUAUUUGAUACCAGCCCUUUAUCCAUUGCAAGAGCUAGUAACUUAGAGCAAGAGGAUGACAAGCUGAUUCCUGACCAAGUCUUACUGAUACCUGUAACUUGUGGUUGCACUGGAACCCUCUCUUAUGCCAAUAUCUCCUAUGAGAUCAAUCAAGGCGAUAGCUACUCCUUUGUUGCAACCACUUUAUACGAGAAUCUCACCAAUUGGCAUGCAGUGAUGGACUUAAACCCUGGUCUAAGUCCAAAUAUGUUGCCAGUAGGCGUCAAAGUAAUAGUUCCUUUAUUCUGCAGGUGCCCUUCAAAGAACCAGUUGGACAAAGGGAUACAGUACCUGAUUACCUACGUGUGGCAGCCCAAUGACAAUGUUUCCCUUGUAAGUGCCAAGUUUGGUGCAUCACUACAAAACAUAUUGACCGAAAACAACUAUGGUCAAAACUUCACUUCUGCAACCAACCUUCCAGUUUUGAUCCCAGUGACACACUUGCCAGAUCUUAUUCAACCUCAUUUGGAUGUAAAAAAGGGAAGCAUUCAUCUUUCAGUUAUACUUGGCAUUAGCCUGGGAUGCACAGUUUUAACUGUAGUUUUAAUGGUAUUACUGGUGUAUGUGUAUUGUUUGAAAAUGAAGAGUUUGAACAGGAGUGCUUCAUCAGCCGAGACUGCGGAUAAGCUACUUUCUGGUGUUUCAGGCUAUCUAAGGAAGCCAACUGUGUAUGAAAUUGAUGUGAUCAUAGAAGCUACCAUGAGCCUCAGUGAGCAGUGCAAGAUUGGUGAAUCAGUGUACAAGGCAAAUAUAAAAGAUCAGGUUUUGGCAGUAAAAAAAAUCAAGGAAGAUGCCUCGGAGGAGCUGAAAAUUCUGCAGAAGUUGAAUCAUGGAAAUCUGGUGAAAUUAAUGGGUGUUUCAUCAGACAAUGAUGGGAAUUGCUUUGUGGUUUAUGAAUAUGCUGAAAAUGGGUCUCUUGAUGACUGGCUAUUCUCCAAGUCUUCUUCAGACACAUCAAGCUCAAUGGCUUCCCUUACUUGGUGUCAAAGGAUAAGCAUAGCUGUGGAUGUUGCAAUGGGUCUACAAUACAUGCAUGAACAUGCUUAUCCAAGAAUAGUCCACAGGGACAUCACGAGUAGUAAUAUCCUUCUUGACUCAAACUUUAAGGCCAAGAUAGCUAAUUUUUCCAUGGCCAGAACUUUUACUAACCCAAUGAUGCCAAAAAUAGAUGUCUUUGCUUUUGGGGUGGUGCUAAUAGAGUUGCUUACAGGAAGGAAAGCCAUAACAACCAAAGAAAAUGGCGAGGUGGUUAUGCUGUGGAAGGACAUUUGGAAGAUCUUUGAUCAAGAAGAGAAUAGAGAGGAGAUGCUCAGAAAAUGGAUGGACCCUAAGUUAGAGAGCUUUUAUCCUAUAGAUUAUGCUCUCAGCUUGGCUUCCUUGGCAGUGAAUUGCACUGCAGAUAAGUCCUUGUCCAGACCAACAAUUGCAGAAAUUGUUCUUAGCCUCUCCCUUUUCACUCAGCCAUCUCCUGCUACAUUGGAGAGAUCAUUGACUUCUGGAUUAGAUGUAGAAGUUACUCAAAUUGUCACUUCCAUAGCUGCUCGUUGA